AUGUCUCCCGCCCAGCAUCAAGUAACGCCCAGCGGUGGGGCUAGCGGCCCUGUCGCAGCACAAGCUGAGAACGACUUUGAACUUGCCGCCAGCACUGGCGGCGAUAAGUGGAAGGAUGUGCCGGAUCGAUAUUUUCUGUUCAUUGCCCAUUUUCUGGCCGGCAAUGUCAACGAUACGGAAGCUAUGGACCGCUUCAAUGGGCCCAUAUUGAAGGCGAGCAUCAAAUCGGUCUACUGGCUAUUCCUCAUUCAAUAUGCCGCUCUCGCGUUGCUUGGCGUCAUUAUGAACAUCGUUAUAAUUGUGUAUAUACUCUAUCAUCGAUUGUACAAGGAUGUGACGCAUGCGUUCAUCAUUAAUCUGGCAUUUUGUCAUUUCGUCCAGUGCGCCCUAGUCUUACCGGUCUCCCUCAUGGUCAUGCUUAUACAGAAUUGGAUAUUCGGGCAGUUCCUAUGCUUCUUUCUGCCCAUGCUUCAGGACAUACCGCUGCACGUUGCCAUGAUAUCGCACAUUCUCAUUGCCUGGGAUCGUAUGCGCUGGCUGAAUGAUCCGCUCAGGGGUCGACUUCCGGGCUUUGUCUGUUGUUGCGCCACCUGGCUGACGGGCAUGGUGAUUGCCCUGCCGUAUCCCAUUUAUACGAUUUACGUGGAACUUGGGGACUACAUGAAACAACUGAGCGGAAUGGGAUUAUGUCUCGUGAACUUGAUGGAUGACAUGCACGAAUACACUCGGGGCCUAUUUCUACUCAUGUAUUGUGGACCGGCCAUACUACUCUCGUAUCUGUACAUACGCACCUCGCAGGAGCUGCGACCGCCCGACGGACCAUUCGCGGUUAUGAUGUAUGAGCAUCGCGCCGACUUGCGCAUGCGACAAAGAAACUCAUCGACCACAUCGACAUCUGGGGGCGAGCGUACGUUGAGUGGAGGCGGCGUAGCGGGCCUGACCACCGUCACCUCGCACAGCAAUGGCGGCACAGGAGGGGGCUCCUCCGCCCAGUCACGCUCCUACGAUCUAUACAGUGCGGAAAUGGACGUGCGGCGCGAGAAGCGGAAACAGCGUAACUUUGGCAGCAUGGCGGCCGCCCAGGUGGUCUGUGUCUGUCCACUGAUGGUGCUGCGCUUCGCCCGCCUCUCGCUGGAGGAGACCUACGAGAACCAGAAGCACUUCGACUUCACGUAUUUGAUGUUUGUUUGGGUCGCCUUCUUGCCAACCGUCAUCUUCCCCUGCAUCUAUGCCUCGCAGAUUUUACCCAGAAACGAACAGGAGCGGCUCCGCGGCUACUUACGGCUGUCGAGCAAACGCAAGAAGAAGGCACGCCGCAGCGAUGCCGGCGAAAGCGGUGCACCUGGGGGCAGCUCCCGCGAGAACUCCAUAGAGAAGGAUGAGCACACAAACACCACAACCGUUCUGGCUAAUGGGGCGCACGGACCAAACGCUGGUGAUGUCUACAGCGAGCCAAAUAAGCAGACCAAGUCUGCACGCUCGCAUGAGCUGCGACAUGAGCGACAUGCGGGCGAUCGGUACAGUGGCGCCCCCUAUCGACAGGCCCAAAGUCAUGGGGCGAACAAGGAGCGCGUACAACGUGCUGCUCCUCUCUCCGGCGGCAGGGGCGCUGGCGAUGCGGGUGUUGUCAACAAUCUGGGCAAGGACAUCCGGAGCAAAAAGCACGACGUCAAGAUCAACAUUAUAUCUGAUGGCCAAGGCCCCCAUUCCAUGCGCCAUGGCAAGCUGAUGAGCAGCAGCAGUAACAGCAGCCGUAAGUCUGCGCAUGCGCGACACAGUGGUGGUGGUGGUGGGGUCGGUUUGGGCGUAGCUGAGGGCGCUGGAUCAGGACGAAAGCUAACCAUUGAAUCGCUGGACAACAAUUCCGUGUCAAACAUCACUGCAUCCACCUACUGCAAUGGGAAUAGCACUCUACUCGAUGACAGCAGCACCAGCAAUUAUGGGGAUGGCGAGGAGAGCUCAGUAGUGAGUAGCAUUAUGAUGCCGAAUAGUGCACAUCUGGCCACACGCUGGCACGCAACGGGCAACAUGCGUCACAAGGAUGUGUCCUUUAGCGAGUGCAGUAGCACUUUCUCACGCAUGGACUCAUCGUCGAGCACCUUGGAACGUGAUUUGGAAAUCAUUGAUCUGUUGGAACGUGAGCGUAGCAUGGACAUACAGGACAUGAUGGAGCGAGAGAAGCACGGCGAAAAGGUGAGAACAAUGGGUGGCGCCGGUCGACAACUUCCCGAUAUUGAGAAACUCUAUGCACAACGGUCACCCAAGCCCACACGUGAUUCCUAUGGCUAUGAAAAGGCGCUGACCAAGAAUAAUCAACUGUUGAGCACCUCGGUGCUGCCGGGCAGCGACCCACUGAGCAUAUCUCACUCCACGCACUCAUCGCAACCCACUGAAUCGUACAGCUUGUCAUCGACCCUGAAUGAGGAGGAGAUGCCCCUGCCGCGAGAUGAGCUGCUGUUGCAGCGCAUGAGUCUACACGAUGACAUGGUCGAGCGCAUGAUAGUGGACGAGGAGGAGGAGGAGGUACCCCAGGAUUUCUAUGACAACUACACACCCGGCGCCAGCAACAAUAUGCCCAUUGGCAGCAAUCUCAAUGGGAAACCACUGAGCACAGCGGUGGCGGCAGCAGCUGCACCACCAGUUCCUCCGCCCGCUUACCAAUAUCAGUAUACACGCCGUCUCAGCCGCAAGAGCUCGCAUCACAGUGUUGGAGUCGGCAGCUCCCAUCAUCGAGGCAGCAAGCGGGACAGUUUCAAUUCUUUGAAUGGCAGCGAUUUAAUUGCAGGAGCUUUUUGUGAACUGGAUCCGACGCAGCCGUUGAACAAGAUGUCCGUGAUUGAUAGUCGAAUGCGACGUAGUAGCCCCAGGAACUCCAGUUUUUCGUCCUCGUCGGCGCGCAGCUCCAUGAAGUCGAGGGACUAUGGACACGGCUCCACACAUUCGGCGCAUCCGGAACUCGACUUUAGGGAGAACAUUUUUGCCGAACUUUAAAUUGUAGAGCCAACGAAGA